AUGGACAACGUUUCAAAGCUCAUGGUUCGAAGGAAUGGCAAGCCAACGUCGUGCGAACCGUGCCGCGUGUCUAAGAUCCGGUGUGACCAUCAACAACCAACAUGUAGACGAUGUGACAUCCGGGGGUUAAGUUCCAAGUGUUACUAUCAUCCGGCCCCCUUGACUCGAUCACGGAAGAAGGCGCAGGCGGCUCGCUGCGCAUCUCCUGUCAACAUAUCGCGCGAGGAUGACGAGGUCCCCAUUCCCUCCACGAGCUGUGGUGACAGCAUCGUGCCAGCUGAGCCUCAGAUGGGCUUGCCGUCUACGUCGCAGCCAACCUACUUGGGGUCCACCAGUUUCAUGUCAGCAUUCCACCAUGAUCAACAACACCUGAACCUCUCUACACCCAAAAUCUCUCAUGCAUCCACUUUGCGUAAGGAAUGGAGUGCCGAAUUCACCCACGUGCUUCCCCGGCUGGUUCAGCUUCUGCGCCCCCUCAAGCUCUAUGAAGACUUAGUGACCGGCGAGUAUCAUCAGAGCCCGUUCACAGUCGUCCCAGCUCCUCUUGUGCUAACUCCCUUGAGGCUGCUUCGAGGCCACUGGGAGAAGGAGAGAUGGCCGCAUGAAGGGUUGGCGUACCGCAUCACCCAGAACACGGCCACCCAACUGGGCAAGAUUGAAGCAAACAUGACCGCCGACCAGUUUUACCAUUUGUUCACGGGGGCGAAUCUGCGAUGGGACUUUGUCGGUCUCAUCUUCGCCCUGGCAGGCCUCGGUGCUAGCGUGUCAUCCCAUCGCUCUCCAUUGUUCUCUCUGAACGGCAAGGAUGAACUAAGCGCAAGUGCCUUUGCCAUGGAAAUGGCUGCAGCAAGUCACGCAUGCAUCGAAAUCUGCAGACAGCACGACAAUGUGACCGACUUGAUGCUGUGGCUGAACUACACGUACUUCGUCCUGGCGUCGAAUAUAAUGGGAGAGACAAGCCACCAUAUGUACUCACAAUUUGGGGAGAUGGUCUCCUGCAUCCAUGCCAUGGGCAUACACCGUACCGAUCCGCCCGAGUCCUCCGUCCCAUUUUUCCUCUCGGAGGCCCGUAAGCGGGUUUUUGCAGCGUCGUAUCGCGCCGACAAGAAUAUCGCUACUUUUCUAGGGCGGCCGCCUCGACUCACCUACCAUUAUUGCGACGUGGGACUGCCCUUGGAUAUCGAUGACGACAGUCUAGUCCUGGAUCGUCCUUCCCUCGACAAGGUCAUCAGCCAGCUUACGCCAGAUGGAUGGGGUACUUUCAACGGUGGCCUUCGCCCUGCCACCGUCAUCCGGCUGCGAUACAUGGUAGCGAUGUUGCGAGAGCAGAUGGUAGGACUGUCCUUGGGGCGCGGCUCGGCCGGUUCCACACAGAAUGAACUCCAGACUGUCUAUCAACAGUGUAAGGGAUUGUGGAGCACCAUCCCCAGCGAUCUUCACUACAGCAAUCACUCCUGGAAGGCCUUGAGCCCGCACCUGGCAAUAGUAAGUCUGGUCAUCCAUCUGGAAUACCUCCACACGGUGUUUCAGGUCGAGCGCCUCCGUUGCAAUGUAUCCGCCAACACCACGACCGAUCUCCUGGACUCGGCUAUGCAGAUUGUCUCGGUGGUCAUGGAGUUUACGAAGCACCACGAUCAAAGAGGCAGCAUGCGGGACCAGUACACAUGGAUUGUAGGCCGCUGCAAUUGCCUCCAUAUCUGUCUUCCCAAUUACUAA